AUGGCCGUUGUUUUGAAAAGAGUGGCCUUUUCAGCUCUGCAAGGUCUGUUUUCAUUCUGGAAGAUGGAAUUAUGACUGAAGAAUUUGUUCUUUCUGCUUCUGGUAUAUUCGUGCUGGAGAUGCAUCCUCUGAAUGCAAGUGAGACAGACAGUACAGAUGUUACCUAGACGACACGGAAUAACAUGCACUGCAGCAUUGAUCAAAUGCAUUUUGCGAUGAUGGACGUUGUCACUGAAAAUCAUGUUUUUGUGCAAGAGAGAGAACUCUGCCACUCUCCCCAGAAGAUUCCAGACGCACCCAUUCUUUCAGAUAGUACUUGUAGAGUGUGAGAUGAAAUCAGGGUCCAUUUCGUUAGAAGUCACAUGGGGACAACAAAAUCUCCAACUCUAGUACCGAAAAAAAUGAUGCGUUGAAAGAUAUCUUGCUGACCAACUGGAGUAAGCAUCGACUGCGACAGCCCAAUCUCUCUAAGGCACUUUUGAGGGAAUAAUGUAGUGCAGAAAUGAACGUUGCCUUUUCGGAUACCACACUUGUUUGAAGAGAUCGCUCAGGUUAUCUAGGCCAAUAGGAAGCCUCUGUAUGUAGUGCGCCAUUUUAGAUUACAAGAGAGAACCGGUAGGUUAAUUGGCAUUUGCAGACAAUUCCUAUAUUCCGCUCACGUUCCCUUGUGUUGCACGGAGAUCGUUGCAUAUUCCUCAUUCUAGUAGCGGUCUAUUCCAAGAAUUAUCUCUCAACAAGGCUGCCAUAUCCGUCAAUUAGUCGGGGACAUCCUCAAAAGUCGCAGUGUUGAGCUGGCACCCGGGAUCUUGCGUGAGUUAUCAGAUACAGAUGGAUGUCCUGACAACGGGAAUCCCAACUGCGUUGCAUCUGACACUCUAAUAGUGUAAACCAGAUUGGUGAGGCCUUUAGCAUAGGCAUAGUCUAUAGUCGAGAUCCUCGGGACAAAACACAGUCUUGCCUCACGUUGUCCAAACUAUCCCGAUACAUUCUUGCCUUUUCAUUGGGAUGGAGAUGACGCUAAGGACGAGGUUAAACGUUCUCCGACAAAGCUUGGAACAGUAAGGUCUCGCGACGAUUCCAUGACUGCCAGAUAUGAGUAUAUUAGGUUCUGCGACCGUUACUUAAGUCGACUGUGCAUUUACCACGGUGCCAAAACACAAUCAUCUGUCCAAUGUCAAGAGACUAUCCAUUAACUGUGCUUUAGUUAAGAUGGGCUCUGUUCGCAUCAUUGGCGGACGUGCCGGUACUCUAUGACACAAAUAUGAAAUAUUGAAUAUCUAAGUGACGAUUACAGGAAUAUGGAAUUCAUUGCCAGUGUUUAAAUCCUGGGUGAGUUAGUAUCACUGUGAACUAACUCAUGCACAUGUCGCCAUGCCUGUUGCAUCUUUGUGGGGAGCACACAAUGGACAUCCUCAGAAACGACGGUCGAGCUUUCAUAUUGGAAAUUAGACAUCCCAAGAAAUAUAAGCUGGAAUAUAUGCAUAAAGUUGGUGGGCUAACUCAUGAAAUGUCAACUGACUUUCCGGAGUGCGUUUUCAUUCAUUAUGUUGCUCAUUUAGUAGAAAAUUAUGUCUUUUUUCCACUUUACACUCGAGGGAAGGGUAUAGUUUGGUUUUGCAAAACUUUCCAAUUCCCGUAGAAUUUUGAACCCAACCUGCCGUUACACUUGCAUUCGGGGUUUCCAAACUACAAGCCGUAUAAUUUCCGUGACAAUUCUUCUGAACCAUCACUUCCAUCAUCCUCCUCCUCCCCCACUGCCCCACAGCGGCCUCUCAGGCGGCCGUCUCGCACAUCAACCCCGACACAACAACCGACAGCAUCCCCACCUCUCCAGAUUCCAGUGAUGAGGAUCAGGACUACACCUGCCCUCACUUCGGUCGCACCUUCACUUCCCGCAUCGGCCUGGUCGGUCACUUGCGAAUCCAUCGCACAGAGACUGGCGAACCAGUGCCUGGCGCACCAACCUACACCCACCGCACUCGCCUCCACUGCCCACACUGCCCUCGCACCUUCAUGCAUCGCAUGGGUCUAUUCGGCCACAUGCGCAUCCACGAGAGCGGAAUUGACCACAAUUCCGAUGCACCAACCACGCCCAUCAUGCUCAGCACCACCCUCCCACCAUCCGUCUACACCACCACCAACGCCUCCUCUGUGGCUGACACUGACACCGCCGAAUUCACAUGCCCACACUGUCCACGCACAUUCACCUCACGCAUCUGCCUGGUCGGUCACUUGCGAAUCCAUCGCACAGAGAUUGGCGAACCAGUGCCUGGAGCACCAACCUACACCCACCAAGCUCGACUCAACUGCCCACACUUUCCCCGCACUUUCAGGCUUCGCAUGGGUCUAUUCGGUCACAUGCGCAUCCACGACGACCUGCGGUAG